CAACACCACCACCUGUCAAAACCAUGAGUAAUGAUGACAACGACGUGCCCAUGACCCCAAGGAGAGCAUCCAGACAAGUCCAAACCAAAUUCAACUCUCGUGAUUAUGCUCUCGUAUUUGAAGAAGCUAUCAAAGAUAAGGACUGUAGAGCAAUUUUUAAGAGAUUUCUAAAGAAGAGUCGUUCGGAAGAGUUGAUGCAAUUUUAUGAAGAAUAUACAAAAUAUGAUGAAUUAUUCUUGGAAUGUUUGAAUGCUAGUAGUUCUGGCGGUUCAGGUGGGAAAGGAAGGAGGAGUACCACAACAUCAAAAUCUGAUGAGGAUGACACAGUUUCGAAUAGAUUGAGUGUUAAUAGUGCAGACUCUUCGACUAAAUUGUUUAGGAAAGCAAUUCAAAAGUUGUGGAUUCAGGCACAAAGCAUGAUAGGUAGAUUUAUUCAACAAGGUGCUGAACAUGAAAUUAAUAUUGGAAGUUUACAGAGAAUGACAUUUUCUAGGUGGCAAAUAUUGGAUGACUUGACACCUGUUGUUUUUCAAGAAGCUAAUUGGACUGAUAAUGAAUAUCAAACACUGUUGAAUGUUUAUCAAACAAAAUUGGAUCCUAAUGUGUUAUUUGAAGGAUUAUUAAUAGCAGUAUUACAGGAUUUAAAGCAUGACCAAUUUCCAAGAUUUGUCAGAAAUGAUUUACUAUUCGAUUACUUACAAAAGAAGGGUGAGGUCUACACAAGAGCUAUUGCCAUCAAUGUUUCACAUGGAUUUAAUGUUGAUGUAAGAUUUCAACCAAGUGAUUUACAAAGUAAGGUCAUUGAUGAAAAGAUGAUUUUCUUUGGAUUCACACUUUUACAAGAUACACCAGAUUGGGAACUAAUCCUCGAUAAGGAUGAUAUUCAAGGAUACAUGUCCAAGACCAGUUACUUCUUUGGAAAGGAUACAAGUGUUGGAAAGGAGAAGAAGGGUUUACGGCUGCAUAAAUCUGUUUACACAUUGCCUUUCUGUAUUGAGGAUGUUUGGAAAAUGGUGUGUAAUCAAGAAAAUCAUUUAAAAUUUGAUCCAAAAGCAAAUGAGGAAUUCAAAUUGAGAGAUUUUAGGGAACCAAAUCAAGAUUGUGAAUUUGCUGUAACGGAAACAGAAAUGGGACCAAAAUUCAUGCCCAUCAUGAAAAGAAGACACUUUCCAUUUAUUACAACAACUUUUUAUGACUCUCGUUUGAAAGGUUAUGUGGUUGUCUGUAGAAGUUUCAAUGAUUCUGAUAAUCACACCGAUAGAAUUCACUAUGAUGGUUUUGCAUAUACCAUGUACAUACCAAAUGGUGAUAAGGCAACCAAUGUUUUCAUGAUUGACUACUCAGAUAUCAAAAUGCCAUUCAAGGCGGCCAUUUUGGAGAAUACAGCCUACAAAUUCCACAUUCCAACAGUUCAGAAGGGUAUGGUUAAGGUAUUGAAUGAACUCACCAAUAAUAGCACAAAGAAUGUAGAGUGGAAUGAGUCUAUGGAUGGAAGACACUGGUGGAAAAUGGCAGAAUUGCACAAAAAUCGUUAUCCUAACAAGUCAUGGUAUGAUGAGUGGUUGAAAAAGUAGCCCCAAAGACAGCAAGAAACCAAGUUUCUUCACUCAAUAGUAAUUACAACCAUUUCAGAUUCCCAAUAAGACAAAUUGCCGUUUGCAAACUAGAAUUACUGAAAUCUGAAGUUCAAUAUUGCUAAUAUUGCUAAUGUUUUGUAGGUGAAAAUAACCUAAUCUAUUGCCAAAGCACCAGUAAGGAUUUCCCUCAAUUGUUCAAAGCAGCUGUAUUGUUACUUAUUUAAAUUAUUUAUU